AUGCCUGAAAUGGAAGAAGACGGAGUUGAGGAGAGGAUAAUCAAUGAGGAGUACAAGAUUUGGAAAAAAAACACCCCUUUCCUCUAUGAUCUUGUCAUGACUCACGCCCUGGAGUGGCCCAGUUUGACUGCCCAAUGGCUUCCCGAUGUUACUCGCCCUGAGAGUAAAGAUUACACUGUUCAUCGUUUGAUCCUCGGUACUCAUACUUCUGACGAACAAAAUCAUCUCCUUAUUGCCAGUGUUCAGCUUCCUAAUGAGAACACUCAAUUCGAUCCAAGUAACUUCGAUGCUGAUCGUGGUGAAUUUGGUGGCUUUGGAGCUGUUACAGGGAAGAUUGAAAUCAAUAUCAAGAUCAAUCAUGAGGGAGAAGUUAAUAGGGCCCGUUAUAUGCCCCAAAAUCCAUCUGUUAUUGCAACCAAAACUCCCAGUGCUGAUGUUCUCGUUUUCGACUACACCAAACAUCCCAGUAAACCUGAUCCUACUGGGGUGUGUGAACCAGAAUUGAGACUUCGGGGUCAUCAAAAGGAGGGGUAUGGUCUCUCCUGGAACCCUAGACUUAAUGGGUAUCUUCUUUCAGCGUCUGAUGAUUUUACUGUUUGUAUGUGGGACAUCAAUGCUUCUCCUAAGGAUGGAAACAUAAUCGAUGCUCACACUAUUUUCAACGCGCACACUUCCGUAGUAGAAGAUGUCGCCUGGCAUCCACUUCACGAAUCGAUUUUCGGUUCAGUUGCCGAUGACAAGCGUCUAAUGAUCUGGGACACACGUUGUUGUGGCUCAUCAAGCAGUGCAUCUAGCACCACCUCUUCUAUGGUUAAUACUGCAACAGCUUCAAAACCCAGCCAUUCUGUCGAGGCUCAUUUGGCCGAAGUCAACUGCUUAUCCUUUAACCCCUUCUCAGAAUACAUCCUAGCAACUGGCAGUGCCGAUAGAACUGUGGCUCUCUGGGACAUGCGAGCACUAAAUAUGAAAUUACACAGUUUUGAAUCACACAGAGAUGAAAUCUUUCAGGUUCAAUGGUCUCCCCAUCAUGAGACUAUUCUUGCGUCUUCAGGCACAGAUCGUAGACUCCAUGUCUGGGAUUUGAGUCGGAUCGGGGAUGAACAAUCACCUGAAGAUGCUGAAGAUGGUCCACCGGAACUUCUUUUCAUUCACGGUGGUCACACGGCAAAGAUUUCGGACUUUUCAUGGAACCCAAAUAUUCCAUGGGUUGUAUGCUCGGUUUCGGAGGAUAAUAUCCUUCAAGUUUGGCAAAUGGCUGAGAACAUUUUCAACGAAGAUGAGGCUCAAACUUCCGUUGAUACUGACUAA